AUGCUGGCCCCGGGAAAAAGAGGGAUCAGCAAGCCUAUUCAGUGCUGGGUGCCGCAAGAAUUUAAACACCCCUGGGAGGAGUACGCAGAAAACCUCUGCUGGAUACAGAACACCUACUUUCUGCUUCCCAACGAAGACGUACCAGAGGAUGAAUUUGAAAUCAGUAGUAAAAAAUACGUCGGCUACUAUCAGUGGAUAGUAAUUGUACUUGCUGGUCAAGCAAUGCUCAGUUGGGUCCCCUACUUGGUUUGGCGAGUGGGCUCCAAACGUCUUCCCAUCCUGCUGCGGUCUGCCCGGGAGGCGGCCGUGCCGGACAGAGAACUCCGUCAGAAGGCGGUGUCCUGUCUGGUGGCCACACUGGAAGAAAUUGCCGAGUCCACAGCCAGACAGAAACGUGUGCGGAGUACCCUACAGAGGAUAUUCUGCAGCAUUCGACCAAACAUUCAAAUUACACUCCUCUUCUUUCUUGUUCGACUGCUGUUUGUCGGAAACUCUGUCGGCCAGAUCUAUCUUAUGCAACACUUUAUUGGCAGCAACAGCAGUACUUUUGGAAUUGAUAUUCUCAAUAACCUGAUGAGUGGUGUCGACUGGGAGACCACCGGCCAAUUUCCCCGUGUGACCUAUUGCAAUGUUCGAGUACGCAAAAUGGGCCAGAUAAAGCCAGCGAGGUAA